UUUUUCAAAGCAGCCAGUUGCUCAGUUUGAUGGACAGCAGCGCUGUGCUGCGUGUACCAACGCGGACGCGGCAGCAGGGUAAUAAUCUGAUCAGUCUGAUGAGUUGUCUGGCUGACUCUGACUGACCAUUGUUCCCGGCUCCCUCCCCCUACGUCCACAGACGAACACAGACAGACCGAGGAGGGGGGGGGCAGGAACACAGCAGACACACCACAGAGCGUGUGUGGAUGCAGACGGUCCAUGUAUCACACGGAGCUCCCUGUCCCUCAUGUAACCUGCUCGUCCGCUGUGUUGGCCGCUGAACGGCGGCUGCAACGUCCGCUCCUCUCCGUCCUCGCUGUUCAUUUGUUUUUUUUUCCCAGCCGCAGCAGGCGGAGCUGCACCCCGUCGAUGUUUCUCUCUCGGUCCCGGGAAGCUCCAGCAACUCAAGGUCAAAUGGUUUUUACUGCUGCAGCUGCAUCAGGGCGCAGGACCAGGGCAUGGACAUAUCUGAACUGGAGUUAGUUCAGAUAAUAACAAUCGUCCUGGUGAUGAGCCUCAUCACAGUCGUGAUCAUCUGUCUGCUCAGCCAUUAUUGGCUGCCAGCACUGGCCUUCUUCACCAGGGUCAGCCACGUCCAGAGAGACCAGGCCACGCGACUGGUGAUCCACAGCCAUCUCCACAGGCCGCCCUUCAUGCAGCCGCAGCGACAGCAGCAUCUGUAUCGUCUGCAGCCGGUCUACCCUUACCUGCGGCAGGAAAUCAUAAAUCUCCCUCCAAUCAUCUGCCUCUCAGAUGGCGAGGAGCGGCUGCCUUACAAAGGCCCCUGCAGGUUGAAGCUGCGGGACCCGGAGCAGCAGCUGGAACUGAGACGAGCCACCGUGAGCGCUCCGCCGAAUCGGAGCGUUUUUGAUAUUGACCCGACGGGUGUGGAUCCUGGAUCCAGGACUGACAUGGAGGACUUCCCGCCGCCCUCCUACGGCGAGGCGAUGGUGAUCGAGGACUUCUCUACCUCUACGGCCUGUUUCGCGGAGCACUGCGAUCAUGUCGCACCUGCAGAGAACAAAAGUUCGGAAUGUGACAGUUUACACACGGUCCCCUAAUAAUGACGUCAGUGAUCGUGAUCGCACAACCUGCACUAACUUGA